CAGAAGCAAUCAGAAAAGAAUUAAGAAAAGUCUAUCUCCCUAAACCCUAUUCGCUCCCAACUCCUCUCAAUUUCUCCUCUAUCCAUAAUCCGGCCGUCGGCCAUUCUUUCUCGUUCUUCCCCAAAUUCUACUUCUUAAUCCCUAAUUCUAUUCUUCAAAUCCCUAAAUCCCCAAUUAUCAAUCCCGUUAGAAACUUUGUUUUUAACAUAGUGGCCCACAAGAAAGAUCCAAAGCUUGCCUAUUGCAAACCAGCUGGUGGUCUAAACAAUUGCUGGACAGUACAAACUUUUCACGCCGUCAGGAACUUCUUUUGACGCCUCGAAGUUCGGCAAGGGGCCGCGUACGCAAUCACAGACAAAGACGAGUUGUUUGCUAUUGAGGAAGAUUUAAGCAGAGGAAGCAAAAGCCAGCUGGUGGUGUCAAGCUUGCUAAAGAACGGGCUAAGGCCUAUGUUAAACACCUCUACUUUCGACCACCGGCUGGUUGAGUCGGGCGGGGAACUUCUUCAGUUACUAAUUUGUAUGCGGGGGACUGGUCAAUAUGACGUUGAAUUCUUGCAAGUUUACAAGUUGACCAGGUCGAGGUCGUUGUCGGCAUCAUCAUCAUCAUCGUCAUCAUACUCGUGGGUUCAAGUGAAGAGCUUGGAGGGACGAGAAAUCUUUGUCAGUCGUCUUAGCGCUUUCUCUUGCAGCCCCAAGCCAGGCCAAAAAGGACCCAAACCCAAUUGCAUCUACUUUUUUCAACAUGGUUACCGAACCAUUGCUUUUGAUGUGGAAACAGGCCAAUCAUCACUCUUCUUGCUCGCUCCUCCUAAAGUAGACCUCUACCCUGACUCUCCAACAUUCUCCAUUGCCUUUCUCAGCUACGAUCGCGGCCAAACUAUGACUGCUACACGCCAUGGCAGCUCGGGUUUUGCUGGACAACUCUGUCGUCGUAAAGUUGAGAAUUUUGGCACGCACCAAGUCAUCGGGAGAAGAAUGGUUGGUGGAAAGUCAAGACUUUAGGAUCCUACAUGGUAUUCGUGAGGGGACGGGAUACGGUGACAACCCCUAGGGGGUUGUCAGAUUCACAACUAAGGGUAUUUUGGGUAUGAAAAAAAAGAAUAUAUUAAUUACCUCUUUUGUAUUAAUUAUAUUGGGAAUUAAAAAUCCAAAUUAAAUACAAUUUUUUCUGAAAUUUAAAUCAUAUACAUUAAUAUCUCUAUCUAUCUCUCUCUCUUUCUUUCUCCAGCAGCCACUCCGCAUCGACCGACAAACUUUUUCUCCGGCGAAUUCUCUCCGGCAGACUCCCUCCGGCAACCUGAAAAAAUGUACCAAUGCGUUAAAAAGUGUACCAAUCUAUUAGUCUACUGGUAAUUAAUAUACCAGUGCUAGUGGUACGCUACCAGUACGUUAAAAAAUGUACCAGUACUAGCGGUACCAGUAAAAAAUGUACCAGUACUAGUGGUAUGCUACCUGUACAACGCUACCAGUAGAGAAUAACACAACGCUACUAGCACUGGUAGCGCUACCACUAGCAUUGGUAACGGUACCAGUAGAGAAUAACACAAAAAAAAAAAACAGAUGAUAGUGGUACCAGAUGAUCGGGGAGCCACUGGUAUUGGUACCAGUGAGUAGUGGUAGCGUACCAAUAGCGUUACCAGUGGUAUUGAUACCAAUAGUGCUACCAGUGGUAUUGGUACCAGUAGAGACUAUCAGAUCUGGAAAAAAAUAGGGAUGAGGAAAGAGGGAGGCAGGGAAGAGUCUUGACCUCGCGGCGGCGGGGUCAGCGUGGUACGACGGUAGGCGCGGCAGGGCGGAGGACAGCGGCGCGGCAGGGGGAGGACAGCGGCGUGGGCGGCGGCGGGGACAGCAGGCGCGGUGGUGGGAGGGCUGUGGCGGCGGAGAGAGGGGGAGGAGAGACGGUGAUGUCUACGGGAGAGAGGGAGGAGAGAGAGAGGGAGGAUGGAGGAGUUAGGGUUUUUGUUCUUUUUAUAUGGUAGGGUGAAUGAUUGGGUGUGGUAAAUUUUUACCCUUCCAAAAAUAUCAUUCCUUUAAUCUUAACCGUUAAUUUAUAAUAAAAAAAAAAGACAGGAGAGAGAGCGUAUCCAAGGGCUAUGAAGUGGGUUGUGAAUCUGACAACCCCCUUAGGGGUUGUCACCGUAUCUCGUCCCUAUUCGUGAGUCACACCUCGUGUUUCUCCAUUGCGGCGACAAUCCCCAGAAUGGGAAAUAAAAUAUACUUUCCCAGAGUGUCGGUUGAAGGAAACAUUGUUUUCUAUUCGCUGGAUACCUGCAAAUAUCACACAUUUGACGGUAACGAAAGUGUGAUGGAUGGUUUCCAACGAACUAGCGAAUUUCAUCUAUGUGGUUGGAUAGAGCCUAGUUCAGAAACAUAAGCUUUUUUAUGUGUUAUUGCUGAAAGGCCAGUAGCUAUCUUGUUGAGUAACGUUUGUAUUAUAUAUAGUAGUAUAUUUCAUAUUGCCUUAUACGGUUUACGCAUAUUGCUAAUAGCUUUCUUACACCGUAGAGUUCCUCUGCUAAGGGACUAGCUCUUGCUCUGCCCACUAAUAAAUAGGCCAUAUGCUACUUACUCCAUUGUGACGAUCUCAAGAAGAGAAGGUUGUUGUCUCCAGAGUUAGACACUGUGAUUAGCCCCACUGGAAAAAAGGUCAUAGCUCUAAUUGGAGCAUUACACAUUAACAAAAUCCGUAGAAGCUUUCAAUUUGUUCAAAAAUAUCAUAUAGUAGGCACACAAGCAUGGAAUCGAAGGAAACGCAGUCUAUUAAUGGCAAGUAGUCUGUUCGGUUUUGUUAACCUAAAAGUGUAGAAGUGUAAAUUUUUAAUUUUUAAAGCGCGAAUUUGAUUACAUUGUUUAUGGUUAAAGAAAACUAUACAUUGCAAAGUUAGACCCGAGUUGGUAUAAUCUCAUGAUCAUUCCUUAACGAUAAAAGGAAAAAGGCUUU